AUGGAGGUCGUAAAGAAAGAGAUUUUAAAACUGCUGGACAUUGGAAUUAUAUUUGCAAUAUCAGAUAGCCCGUGGGUAAGUCCAGUACAGGUGGUCCCGAAGAAGGCAGGGGUGACAGUGGAAUCAAACCAAGAGGGUAUUGAGGUUGAUAAGGCAAAAAUAGAUGUUAUAUCUACUUUACCUUACCCCGCGAGUGUGCGGAAAGUUCGUUCUUUCUUGGGUCACGCAGGUUUCUAUAGAAGGUUCAUCAAGGAUUUCUCGAAAAUUGGAGCACCCUUGUUCCAACUUUUGCAAAAAGAUGUAUCCUUCGAAUUUGAUGAAGCAUGUAAGGGGGCAUUCAAUAAGUUAAAGGAGUUAUUGAUCACCUCACCUAUUAUCCAACCCCCUGACUGGAACCUCCCAUUCGAGAUCAUGUGCGACGCCAGUGACUAUGCAGUUGGUGCGAUCGCUGCAAUUUUUAGGAGAUAUGGUGUCUUGCACAAAGUCUCUACAUCAUACCAUCCUCAGACAAAUGGUCAGGCGGAAACAUCGAACCGAGAGAUCAAAUCAAUUCUAGAAAAGAUGGUCCGACCCGAUAGGAAGGAUUGGAGUGUGAGACUAGAUGAUGCACUAUGGGCAUAUAGGACAGCAUACAAGACACCCAUUGGCAUGUCCCCUUACCGAUUGGUAUUUGGAAAGCCAUGUCAUCUCCCGGUCGAGUUUGAGCAUAGAGCAUUUUGGGCGGUCAAACAAUGCAACAUGGAUAUCGAGGAAGGCGGAAUUCAAAGAAAGUUACAAUUACUAGAGUUGGAAGAAAUUCGAAAUGAAGCAUACGAGAAUGCAGUGAUCUAUAAGGAGAAGAAUCAGAUCUUUCAUGACCAACAGAUCUCUAGGAAGACAUUCGUCUGUGGGCAAAAAGUUUUACUAUACCACUCCAAAUUGAAACUAUUUCCAGGACAGGUGAUCAUGGCGUGCCCAUGCGAAGAGGGCACGCAUUAA